AUGACUAAGUGCCAAGAUGAUAUCCCUGAGGAGUCCGAAGAACUGUAUCUUCGCGACGAAUCUUUACCACCAGCAGCCUUGCACUUUGAAAUUGUAAAUGAUUUAACAAGAGCAGCAUUUAUAGCAGCACUUAAACGUUUUAUUGCCAGGCGAGGUAAACCCUCAGAUAUUUUCAGUGAUAAUGGCAGAAAUUUCGUGGGUGCUCAUAGAGAAUUAAAAGCGAUUUUAAAAUCUUUAUUUAAGGAUAAAUGUAAGGAAGAAAUCAAAGGUUAUUUGGCUACUGAAGGCAUAAAUUUGCAUUUUAAUCCUCCCUCUACUCCUCACUUUGGAGGUUUAUGGGAAGCUAGUGUGAAAUCCCUUAAAUAUCACUUGAAACGUGUGGUGGGAAAAACAAUUCUAACUUAUAAAGAAUUUUUUACUCUAAUUGUUCAAAUUGAAUCUGUACUUAAUUCUCACCCUCUUUGUCCCAUAUCAAAUGAUCCAAAUGAUGUAGAGGCAUUGACACCUGCUCACUUUCUUAUUGGUUCAUCUUUAAUUGCAUUGCCUGAACCUAAUUUUACAGAGAUUCCUAUAAAUCGGAUAACUAGAUGGCAAAUGGUUCAGAAAUUAAAUCAACAUUUUUGGAAAAAAUGGUCGUCUGAAUGUUUAAACAAACUUUUAAAUAGACCUAAAUGGUAUAAAGGAAAAGUAGAAAUGAAGGAAGGAGAUUUAGUUUUAGUAAAAGAUUCGGAUAAUUACUCUCCUUUAAAGCGGCAUUUAGCACGAAUUAUUAAAAUCCAUCCAGUUCAAGAUAAUAUUAUUCGAGUUGUGAUACCUAAAGAUAAAAAUGGAACCUAUAAAAGGCCAAUGACAAAAAUUGUACGUUUGCCUUUU